GCAAGACAAUUGGGGGGCCACUGGACUGGAGUCAGAUUCCUUGUGUUUUAAAUUUGGCAAUAAAUAUUCAAAUUCUGAAAACAUAUUUGUAUUUAUGGGGAAUAUGCUGACAGAUGUGAUUAUGAGUGGUGUAUGAAGUAUUCAAUCAGAUCCAUUACUCAAGCAAAAGUACUAAUACCACAGAGUAGAAAUAUUCCAUUGCAAGUGAAGGUUCUCCUUUGAAAAUGUAGUAAGUAUGCUAUUUUACUUGUACUUACGGUACGAGUAAAUCUGCAUUAAGGUAGUUAUUUUCCACCUCUGUAUUUUCUGUGGAGAUCCUCAUGUAACCUAUGGCGACAGAGCAACCAAUGAAAUUACGUGGCGUCACGUACGCGGAAGUCAUGUUCUUCAGUUGUACCGGUUUCUUCAAGUAUCAUCGCAUCCCAUGGUAGCACUAUUCGGGACGUACAGUAAGUUUUACAGAGAGAUGUUGCUGCUGGCAUUGGGAGCCCUCCUCCUGCUCUUCUGCAAUCUGGAUCUAUGGUACUUCCUACGGGGGGUCCAGGUGUUUAUCCAGGCAUGGUUCCAACCCAGAAUAUGGGAUAUUCUAGCUGAGCAAAGUACUCAUGGCAUGGUACUUCCCCCUGACUUGGAUUAUAUGGGCCACAUGAACAACUCUCGAUACCUGAGGGAAUGCGACUUUGCUCGCUUCCACCUUUACAUGCGAAAUGGGCUGUUCAUGGCGUCACACAAACUGGGGGCCAAAAUGGUGGUAGGGGCCUCCACCAUCCGGUACCGGCGCUCCUUGGCCUUCCGUGAGGCUUUUGAGAUUCGGACCAAAAUACUGGGAUGGGAUGAAAAGGCCUUUUACCUGGAGCAGCGCUUUGUGUCCAAGAAAGAUGGCUUCGUAUCUGCAAUCAUGCUCUGCAGGCAGAGUGUGGUACAUUGCAGCCCAGAGAAGAUUAUCGACUUUGUCUGCAAAAAGAAGAUCGAGUGCCCCGAGUUUCCUGAUGACCUCAAACACUGGAUCAGCUUCAUUUCAGCCAGCAGCCAGGCCCUGAGAGCGGAGAGUGGACUGGAGGAGAAGAACAAGUGAAUCCACACAGUAGCACCAUGUAUCAUGAGUGUAGAUGAAUAUCAUUUGCAUUGCACGCAUAUACAGUAUACAUCCAUACACAGAUCUACACCAACAGUUAAACCUUAUAGAGAUUUUUUGUUGACUUACUUGAUUACAUUUGUGUUUGGGGAUCAAUCAUACCUGCUGUAUUUUUGUAUGAUGUGAACCGAAGUACAGAACUUACAACAGUUGAAUAUGAAAACUUGAAUUGUAAUGUAAUAUAAGUUUUGAAAUGCACUUUGCGUUGGGAUCAUAAUGAAGGUUGUUCUCUCAGAAGAAAGUGUAACAUAGCAUUAUCUUUGCAACUUAAUCUGUAGCUGGCUGUGAAUAGACUGGCUUAAGACAUCUUCAUUCUCAUUUAGCAAAUUCCUCUAACUUCAGAUAAGCAUGCACAGCAAAGGUUAAUAUUCCACUGACUUCAGUGCAUGUGUAGAACUAACCAGAAUAUUUUUUGUGCCUGUAUCUUUUGAUUAGCUGUAGUAUACAGUUAUAAUUUCAGGGUAUUAUAACCUUUUACAAAAAUUGGACACAAGUUGUGAUGAAAUACUGUACAUCCCAGACAAUUAGUUUUAAUCUUCAGCUUUUUGCACAAGGUAACACAAGUGAGUAAACAAAAUGAAUUUCUGUUAAAAAUGUGAAAGGAAAUAAUUAUUUUUGAGGAAUCCUUUUAUCGAUAUUGUUUUUUCACCAAAAUGUAUAAUGCAUUCAAAGGUGGGCUUCUUGGUUAGAAAUUGCAUGCUAUUGUAGGAGGAAAAUUGUAUUUGAUUUUAGAAGGAAUUGCUUAAAACAGAGAGGUGCAUUAGGCAAUGCUAAUACUGUAUAAGGUUGCUGGUUACUUUUCAAAACCUGCAAUGCACAAUAAAUACUAAAUGUUUGGAUGAUGCUUAAUAUCUGGAACCUUCCCUUAAAUGCAUCAAAGCAUUAGUUUGUGACCAAAGUAAUGUAUUGUUCUGUUUGAAGAGGAAACAAAAUUUUAAGCUGUAUGUCUAACCUGUUAUUUACAAUGUGUUGUUAAUGCACUUAUAUUGAAGUGUAUAAUUAUACCAUGUAUUAUUUAUUGUUUGUUAAUUAUUUCAUGACAUUUUAAAAAUAAAAAUGCACUGGAAACUAUGUUUGGGU